AUGCUGGAUUUCCAUAUUAAUGAUAUAAGAUGUAUUUUGUUGUAGUUUGGAGCAGAAUUUCGACGAUUUUCUCUGGAGAGAUCCAAACCUGGAAAGUUUGAGGAGUUCUAUGGAUUAUUGCAACAUGUACACAAGAUACCAAAUGUUGAUGUUCUAGUGGGAUAUACGGACGUUCAUGGAGACCUGCUGCCUAUCAAUAACGAUGACAAUUACCAUAAAGCAGUUUCCACAGCCAAUCCUCUACUCAGGAUUUUCAUUCAGAGAAAAGAAGAUGCAGACUACAGUGCCUUUGGUACAGAUACUAUGACAAGGAAGAAAAACGUCUUAUCAAAUGUGUUACGUCCGGAUAAUCACAAGAAGAAACCGCACAUUGUCAUUAGCAUGCCACAAGACUUCAGACCAGUGUCUUCUAUUAUAGAUGUAGAUAUUCUUCCAGAAACCCAUCGUAGGGUACGACUUUACAAAUAUGGAACUGACAAACCCCUUGGAUUCUAUAUACGAGAUGGCUCUAGCGUCAGAGUAACACCACAUGGAUUAGAGAAAGUUCCAGGCAUUUUCAUAUCUAGGCUUGUCCCUGGAGGUCUGGCUCAAAGCACAGGCUUACUGGCUGUCAAUGAUGAAGUACUGGAGGUGAAUGGAAUAGAGGUUUCAGGAAAAAGCCUUGAUCAGGUUACAGACAUGAUGAUUGCAAACAGCCGUAACCUGAUCAUUACAGUAAGACCAGCAAACCAGAGAAAUAACAUUGUGAGGAACAGUAGGACUUCUGGCAGCUCUGGUCAGUCUACUGAAUCUAGCCUUCCAAGUAGCAUGCCAAAUAUUUUAGCAAAUUUAUUGCCAGGAGAGGAGGAGAGUGAUGAAGAGGACAUUAUUAUUGAAGAUAGUGGUGAGCCACAGCAGAUUCCAAAAGCCGCGCCUACUAGCGAAAGCCUAGAAUCAUUGACGCAAAUUGAACUUCAUGAGUCAACACAAAAUGGAUUCCUUCCUUCCAGUGAGAUGAACUUGAAUCAUUCAGCAGGCAGCAUUAGCAUGGAAUAUGAAGUACAAGGUCCGGACCAUAAAUCAUUAGAAGAAGAUGGAACUAUAAUAACACUAUGAAAUUACAUUUGUGUACUUUGUACUAAGUAAGGAUGCCAUACGUGUUUUAAUUCGGCUUAAUAUGUAAUACAUUUUAUACCUCUCCAUCUACCAAGCACUGCAGUUAGAUUAAAAGGAAGGAAAAAAAUAAAUACAAGAAGUUCAAAAUUAUGUAAGUUGAUUAACUUCAGCUAAUUCUGCACUUCAAUGUAAAUACUUCACAAAGAUGGAAGAUAAUUUAUAAAUGACUGAAAUUGGAUGAGGAAAAUUUAAAUAGAAAAUGAAGGAUAUCUAAGAGAUGGCUGUGAGCUUUCUUUUAAAGGUACUUGAUUUUUUUAAAAUGCAGAAUACUACUUGUUCCAUAGAAGUAAACUAUUACUGUGUGAAGUUGACUAAUGUACUGUGGUUCCAUGUUUAUCUGAAAUGCUGCUUAUGUAAGAUGGAGCUGCUUUAGCCCCUUCAUUCCUGUUCAGGACUGCUGUUUAGCAGGUUGAGCAAUAGGGGUAUGUGAUAGUGUCAGUGGUUCAAUAACAGUCAGGAUUUGAAGGCUGGGGGCUUUUGAAGUUGACUGUUCCUUUGUAAGUGAAUGUGCAACCACAGGCUCAUUAGUCAUGCACCUUUACUGGUUUUAAUGGUAAAGUAAGCUUGCUUUUAAUGACUAUGAGUUUGAAAUUCAAAUGUGAAAGUCUUAUAACUUAUGCAUCAAAGACUGUUCUCAUUUUAGUUUGCAAUAGUUAAGGAUAUAAUUGGAUUUAGUUGCUAAUCCCAGUAAAUUUCAAAGAAAUCAAAUGUAAACUUAAUGCUAUGAAAAUAAUAAUCUGUGUUUAAAAUCUCAGUUCGAGUAGAAGCUGUAAGGGUUUCUACUAGCAAAGGUUUGAAUUAUGAUUUUCUUCAAACCUUAAGUUAGAACAAUUCAAGUUAAAUCCCUGGAUUUAAAGAAAGUCUUAAAUCAAAAUGAGGCUUUAAUAGAACUUGCUUGAUCCAUGUGAUAUUUAAUUAUUCAUUAUAAAGAACUAAACUGUAAAUGCUGAUCUUGUGUACCACUGGCUGGGUGUUUUGAAUAUUACGAAGUUGCUAUAUGUAAAAAAAAAUACUGAUGACAAGUCCUGAGACUGCAAGUGCUUAAGUAUGCAUGUAAUCAGCUGUGAACUUCUGAGGAGAGUUGCUGGGAGAGGUUUCUAGCAUUAUUCUUCCUUUUUUCCCUUUUUUUAGUAUCUUUGCUUUACUACUUUGGCACUCAUUUCCCAACCUGACUCUUCUCUGGGAACAUAAGUUGUUGGAGGAAAAUGAGAUGGAGACUAAUGGGAUUGGGGAGAAGGAAUUAUGGAGCUUCUCAACAGGGAUCCAGUAGUCUGUGGUAACCUCUAAGAAAGAAGUAGGAUGCUGCCAGUUCUGUACUGUGGUACUGUGCUUAGUCCAGGUUCUUGGAAGUAUAUUUUACCCUUUAGGGAGAUGUGCUGUGUGGGAGAGGAUACUAACCCCUUUCUCUUUCCCUCAUUCUAUCUUGAGGAAACAUCUACCUCUGUUAACUUUAGUAACAAGAGACUAACUGUAAGUUUCAUGUUAAGGCAUGUGUAAAAGUCUUUAUAGGAAAUUAGAGGCUAAAAUUUUUGUAACAAUAUAACAAAAUUGUUUCAGAAAUUCUGCUGUUUAAUUUUACUCAAUGCACAUCUUAAAUUCAUAUCUCAUGAGCAGUAGUAUUUUUGAGCCUUCAGUACAGUUGGAGUUGAGAUCUUACAUGUGUCAAAGGUAUGUAUGCCUGUUUUGGUGGAGAGUCAGCAUUAUCAGACAGUGGUACUCUGCAAAUACAGGUUAGAGUUCUGCUGCAUUGGAUUUAUUUAUGAUUUCUUCAGUGUGCAUAUGGAGAGGCCCUGGAAUCUUUUCCAACAUGAGCAAGAAUUCUGAAGCGUGUUACUUAUUUUGCUAAUAAUUAUUAAAAAUGAAGUAACUACAUCCACUUAGUGUGAAAUUAGGAAAAUGUUUUGCAAUGUGUAGACUUUAAAUAUACAUGUUUUCUUUCAGUGCUGCUCAACACUUCCUUUAUUUAAGGAAGAUUGUUUACUUUAAAAUGUCUUUUUUUUUUUCCUUUAUCAAAAGACUUUCCUUCCUGUAUGAAAUAAUCAGUGGAGGGUGACUCUCACUUAUUAUGCUAGCUUGCACUUCUGUGCCUUUUGUUUACUUGAAUGUAUUAUGAAUAAUCCAAGGAAUAAAGGCACUUGGAUGAGAAGAGAAAUGAAGUCCACAGACAAUGAACUGGUAGUGCACUUAAUACAGGUGUGAUGUUUUCAUUCAGUGGAAAUACAUUAUGGGUCUAAUGUGGUACGUUAGUGUUUUGCAGCUUGGGUAAUAGCUUUGAGCUGUUAAUUUACACGGGAGAGUUGAGUCUGAGAAUGUUAGUGUUGUAAGGUAACUUACUGCUUAGGUACAAACACCCAAGGUUAGUGUGCUGCCAAACUCUGUGUUACCUAAUCUGUACUUAUAACAGAUGCAUGAAUAGUUUGACCAUAUAUGCCAGUAUUAAGGACUUAACAGAAAUAUAAUUAAAGUCCUACUCUAAAUUGCAUGAGAAUUAAUUUCUUGGGACCUUUCCUGCAAAUUGCUUAAUAUAAAUGUGAGAUAAUAUUCUUUUUGACACACAUCAUGUUCUGUUUUACAGGAAUCUGGUAACAAUGUAGUAAACUAAGCAUUUAGGACUUGAUAAAAUCAUUAAAGAAUAAACCUAAAAAUGGGUUUUUAAAAGUGUGUAUUUACAGUUACAGUGACAGACUGCACAGCAUGUAAUUGCUUAAUGCUGCAGUUACCAUAAAGUUUCUAAAGUUCUUCUGUAUCUUACUAAUGCAUACACUGUUAAUUACAGAAUAUUUUAAAAUUGUUACUUCAGGAUGAUCAAUGGUUGAUUAUGAGUGGCUAAACUUAAUUUUAUAUAUAAAUGAUGCUGGGGCUCAGUAUAAGGUUUUCUAAAAUAUGCUGAUAUUGUUAGCCUUUCAUUUACUACCUCCUAAAUUUUUAACAUCUUUACGAUUUCCUCCCUGGAAGAAAAUACUUACAGGCUUGACUGUUUUAUAUAGAUUUUAUCUUUAGUUAGUUUAAAAAAAAAAAAAAAAGAAAAAUCCAGAAGUCAUAGUGAGGAUGCUAUGCAUGAUUGACAAUAUUACGCUGCUAUUAAUGUAAUCUUUGUGUAUUAAGUAUCCUGUAUAUGUAAAUUGUAUUUUCAAUCCAGAUUUUAUAAAUUAAUUUAUAAAUAUCCAAAUUGUUUCAGAAUGGAGAACUAAAAUUCCUUUGACUAGUGUUAUAUGUUGUGUACAUGCACAGUGGGGGGACAAUUCAUUCCUUACUUGUGACUGGGAGAUUUAAGUGCACCUUAAUAGGAGAAAAAAAAAAAUUCUUAAUAGAAUUAAGAUGCAUUUACUUUGAAGUUCUGCUAUGGUACUGGAUAAGUCAAGCCUAACUGUGAAUCACUUUUUGUUUUCCACAGCUGAAUUAAAUUUAGGACAAUGUUCUCACAAGCUGACUUUAACAUGUGUAUUUUUGUGAAUAUUAUGUAUUUUCUAAUUAAAUUUUACUUGCAAUGUGAUUUUUACAUGAAUGAACUUGUUUAAAAUGUCAAAUAUCAGUAUUUUUCUUACAACUUUAAUGUAUAAUGUACAUUGGUAUCUCACUGAAUGAAGAAUGACUUUACAAAAUCAAGCUAGAUGUAGUUGUAUAUUAGUCUUAUAUUUUUACAGACUGGAAUAAUAAAUGGAUAUAGAAAUAAAA